AGAUUAUAGUGCUCUUACUAUAACAUGCUAUAACCAUGACUGGGAAUGGUUUUCAUGAUGUCGCCUUAUUGUUAAAAAUGGAUGUCAGGAUAUGUAUGGAUACAAUUAUGGAAAUAAGUUUUCCAUCAUUAUUACUAUAAAAUUAAAAUAUUGAAAAAAUCGACAGAAAACUAAAUCUCUUCUACGAUCCCAAGAUGAGCGCGCCAAAGCGAAGGUGAAGAUUCGAACUUUUUAGUACAGAAAAUCUCAAUAAAUAGUUAGUUUUUAUCACAUAUUCCACCCAUUGUACAAUCCAUACUCCAGUCACCCCUACCCUCAGUAACAGUAGAACAGUACAAUCCAUAGUACAAUCCAAGGCUAGUACUCUAGUACAAUCUCUGUUAGUGCCACUCGUUCCACUUCUCAUUUUUGCCUGUUUGUAGUGUUUGUCCAUAAGGUCCAUGUUUGCACGAUUGAUAGCUGUAUAAUCUUUUUGGGACAUUCUCUUAAUAAAUAAGAAGUCUUUAUUCUUCGCUUUCUAACUAACUAACCUACAAUUUGUUCUUAUCAAUGUCAAACACUUGCGCACUAGCAGUCAAAGCCCAUAAAAGCUGACAAUGACAAAAGUCAAGAGAAAGGUGAAAGGAAGUUUAAACUAGUAAAUUGACAAUAUAUUGUUAUUAUCCAAUAAUAAUUAUAUUUCAAGACAGUAUCAAUAUUUUGAUAUAAAUAUUCUUAAUUCUAGAAAUAAUUCAGUAUUCAUAGAUUUUGCUACUUAUGCGACUAUGUCCGAAACAUUUUUUUGCAGGUUAUGUUUGGUAUCAACGGAAAAUUAUCAACUCCUAGAUGGUGAACUUAUUGAUAUUGUCGAUGACUUAUUACUACAAAAUAAGUCUAUGAAAAGUACAGUACACAUUGUAUGUGUCAACUGUGUUACAAAAAUCCAUAAAGCAUUUGAAUUCAAAUCAACAUGUAUGAAUACCAAAGUGACAUUAUCACAUUAUGUGGGCCCACAAGAAAAUGCAAAAUUAGAUCUAAAAAUGAUAUACUUAGUAGAAAAAGAACCUGGCAAGGAAAUUUAUUCUUAUGAGGAAAUGAAGAUUUGUAGAACCUGUUUGAAUAUGAUAGAAAGUGGACUUUAUGCAUGCCUUUUGGAUUCUAUAAAAUUUAAUGGCCUAGAAGACAUUUUCAAAUUAUAUAUUCCGGAUUUGAUGUUGACCCUGACUGAAUCACCCCUAAUCUGUGAAAAAUGUAUCAACAAUUUCCGGUGUUUUUCUGAAGUAAUUUCAACAUUUUUGAAUACUGAAAAUAGAAUCAAGGGUGUUGUUGAACAAACCAGACAAGAUGGAAGCAAUAAAUUGGAACUUGGUGAAAUCCUGGUUCCCUCAGAAGGUAUUGAGAAUGAUGCUUGUUCUACUUUUGAAGAAGAUAAUAUGAAACUUUUUGAAUUUAAACAUCUUCCACUGGAUUCCUAUAGUAACAGUAAUAAGAUAUUGACAGAUGAAGAAAAUGAAGAAAGAAUCAUGAAGAUGAUUAUCAAAGAAGACACUGAUCUCUUCUACAGGGAGCAGCCAGAUUAUGAUUCAGAAAAUGAUACAUUGAGUGUCAAUGACAGGUUAUGUUUGAUAUCAACCGAUGAAUACAAGCCCUUGGAAGGUGUACUUAAUGAAAUGGUUAAUGUAUUACUUCAGAAUACGUCUCUCAAAGCUACAGAGAGUCCCAUAAUUUGUGAUAGUUGUAUAACUAAAAUACACAAAGCAUUUGAAUUCAAAUUAACAUGUGUAAACACUGAAGUGAAACUAUCACAUUAUGUUAGCUCACAGGAAAAUGCAAAAUUAGAUCUUCGGAUGGUUUACUUGGUAGAGAAAAAACCUGGAAAAGAGGUUCAUUUUCAUGAAAAUAUGAAGAUUUGUAGAAUAUGUUUGGAUAUGAUAGAAAGUGGGCAUUGUGCCUCUCUUCUAGAUACUGUAGAAAUCAAUAAAUUGGAAGACAUGUUCAAGAUAUAUAUUCCUGAAUUGACACUAAUGAUGACUGAAUCACCCUUGCUCUGUGAAAAAUGCAUUGAACCUUUCAAAUGCUUUGCUGAAUUUAUUUCCAUGUCAUUAGAAACUGAAAAUAAAAUAAAGAGUUUUUGUGAUCAAAUUGAUCAUGGAGAAAACAAUCAAUUGGAUCUAGAAAAAAUAAUGGCACCACCAAAAGAAGAAAUUGAAGAAGAACAUAAAAAUAAUGUAGAUACUGAAGAAUCAAAAAUCAUGAAACUUUUCAGAGAUGAGCAUAUAUUACUGGAUUUUUAUAACAACAGUGAAACAGAGUUAGAAGUAGAAGAAAAUGAGAGAAAAAUUAUGAAGAUGAUUUAUGAAGAAGAUAUUGAUCUUUUUUAUAAGGACAGACCAAACUUUGAUUCCAUUGAUGAUGAAUUUGAAGACAGUGGAAAUGACAGCUAUCAGGAAAAUGCGUUCUUCAGUUCGAAGAACCCCCUGCCAGCCCUCACCCACUGGGACAUGGUGGAAACAUUCGACCACUCCGACUACCAGGUCUUCGGCAUCGACGAAAUCCAGAGCAGCAUCGGGGACGACUCCCCGCAACCGUCCAGUCCGGAGGAAACACCCUCUUCCCCCGAAAUCAUCAGUCCCAAAAAGUGGUUCGACUGCAAGGCGAACAGCCCCAAUACGCCCAAGGGCAGUUGCCCGGAUUGCGAGGGCAGCCGGCACAAGAAGAAGUGGUGCGACAAGUGCAAAUGGAAGAAGGCGCUUUCCUACAACUAUACGGAUAGUUCAGCGGAGUCCCUCAAGCCUGUAGGGGCUAAGAAGUCGAAAAAGGACGGGAGGAAGUGUCGGAAGCCGACGAAAGUGUAUGAAGAAGUUCUGGUAGCGAACGACGACAAUAUGCCGAUAUUUGAUAAAGGAGAUAAGAAAGUUCAGUUCAAGCAGUCAGCUCCAGCACAAUUUUUCAAGAAUCAACCUUUGCCCCACGAGGGUAUAAUUUGCUAUAUGUCUGCCUUCAGCGAUAGAGGAUUGUGA